UAGCUGAUUUUCAAUCGUUUUAUGAAUGAGCAAAAUUGAAAAAUUGACGAACCAAGCCUGCAAUGCUUUAGUUUUGUUACCCAAUUAAAUAAAUAUAAAUGGGCUAUGUCUGGUGGUGGAGGUUAGCUAAGCUUAGAGGAGUGAGGGCCCAUUGGAUUUGGGGGGCAGAAGGGACAUUUUGGGUACCUACACAAUUGUGUUGCUCCUCCUCGUCCUUUGUCAUGGGUUGCUUUGCUUUACAGAAGGGCGUCGAUAGCGGAGCUAGAUAGUGGAAAAUAAGUGGGGUUAGUUUCAAGUAUCUCUCAUUCGCAGAAUCACACUAGUAGUUGGGAUUUGGAAAAGAGUGAAGAGUCCAGAGUCACAUCUGAGAAAGACCAAGAUGCCUUGCCUCAACCUUUCAACCAAUGUGAACCUGGAUGGCGUUGACACCUCCUCCAUCCUCUCUGAAGCCACUUCUUCGGUUGCCAAACUAAUAGGCAAACCUGAGGACUAUGUGAUGAUUGUGUUGAAGGGUUCAGUACCCACGUCAUUUGGUGGUACUGAGCAGCCAGCUGCCUUUGGCGAGUUGGUGUCCAUUGGUGGCCUAAAUCCAGAUGUGAACAAGAAACUGAGUGCUGCAGUUGCCGCAAUUCUUGAAACCAAGCUACAAGUGCCUAAGUCACGGUUCUUCCUCAAAUUCUAUGACACUAGGGCAAGCUAUCUCUCUUUCUUAAUUGUCAAGAGAUUGGGUCAUUGUCAUCUAUUUAUUUCUUCUCAUUGCAUUUCCCUGUUUGUUUAGGCACAUCAAAGCCAAGAAUAUAUACAGUGUUUGCAUGCUUUACACCAGCGCUAGGGUUCCAACUUUGGAUGGAAUGGAUCCACCUUCUGAGUGUGGCAUAUUCUGAAUUUCUCAAAACAUCAAUGUGGUCUGUCCAAAUGCUAUAUUUCUAUGGUGAAUUGGCAUUGAAAAUAUUUGGUAAUGCUUGGCAAGGAAUUAUGUUGUUUAUCUAUGUGUUUUCUUAGGAACAUAAAAUGCAAACAUUAAUGCUCACUAAUUUUGCCCGGAAGUUUUGUUAUCUUGGCACUAUUCCAUAUGAAGUUAUGGCACAUGACAUGAUUCAGUUUUGGAUGGAAAAGCAAUUUAGUUUGUCAAACGAUCAUCUACUGUUUGAUAUAUUUGAAAUAAUGUUUAAUUAUGUGCUGCAUGAGUUUAGAGCUCAUUCCUAUGCCCUAAUGGCUUCUCCUUCCACCUUCAUCUCUUUUAAUCUUCUUGGAUGCAGAGCUUGCAUGGAUGUUCUAGGUUCUCCAUAUUGUUGCACCCAAUGGCUAUUUUUGCACCAGCUACUUUGCACGGUGCAAGUGUCACGGGUCGAGACGUAAGCUCCAAACCCGCGCGGCUCCGAGAUCCGAACAUGCACUCAUCCGGCGUCUUAGAUCAGCCUAACCGCCACGGUUCACACCCUUGUGAGGAAUUAUCCGCUCUGGCCUCACGGUUUUAUCCUACAAAAGGCGUCUCACAAGGCAAAGGUGGUGUGAACACUUUUAUACCUCAGUGAUCCUCCUAUUAUAUUCGAUGUCCGUGACAUUCUCCCCCAUCCAACUUCACGACGCCCUCGUCACGGAGGCUGGUCACUUUGCUUACCUCUCUCGAGGCGCUUGACGUGGGUCAAACGGUUUAGGGCUGGCUCUGAUACCACUUGUCACGGGUUGAGACUUAAGCUUCAAACUCGCGCGGCUCCGAAACCCGGGCAUGCACUCAUUCGACGUUCCAGUCAGUUUAACUGUCACGGUUCACACCUUUGUGAGGUAUUGUCCGCUCUAGCCCCCUUGGCCUCACAGUUUUGUCUUACAAAAAGCACCUCAUAAGACGGAGGUGAUGUGAACCUUUUUAUACUCUAGUGAUCCUCCUAUUAUGUUCGAUGUGAAAUUCAGAAUUUCUCUUUAGAUCCGUGACAUAAGGAUGAGUUGUGAGUCCCAACGGGUUAACUUGGGUCAUGAGGGUUCAUGAUAAGAUUAGAGGUUUAGUGGGGAGAAGAAAUGUGGUAAGCUGCAAUUUGUGUACAAACAAAAAGUAAGCGCAGGUACUUUAAACUGAUUCGGUGGAGUGUGAUUUUGCAACAGCCUAUAGUCUAAGCUAGAAAAUGUUGUGGGGAGUGGCUGGUAUUACAGGUUGCAAUUUCAUCCCGGAAUUUGUGGUUUGUUGUACACUGAGCAAAUGAUGCAUUUAAGCACUUGAGACAUUAUCAUCUUUUUCAUUCUCAUUGAUAUAUAUUUUAGUUGCCUGGUUGAGAGAUGCUUCCUUGACGACGGUGUAUAUGUGUUAUUUUGGAAGUCAAUGCUUACUUCGUUUGGUUGGAA